GAUGAUGAUGAUGAUGAUUUAGAGCUGGCAACGGUGUCUUCUCGUCUGCCUCAUCCUGGCCAUGGCGACUUCCAGGAGCGAGGACUUUUUGGGGCAGAAAUGGGACCGUUGUGUGGCGGAUACGCUCAUCAAGACGGGUGGAGGCCUUACUCUGGGAAUCGUGUUCUCUGCAAUAUUGUUUAGAAGACGACCAUGGCCUUUAAUUUUUGGAAUGGGAGCUGGUAUGGGUAUGGGAUACGCCAACUGUCAACGGGAAUUUGAUGAGCCAUUCCUUGUCAAAGCAGAAAAGAUAGUUGUUAAGCCCAAGUCUGUAGAUAAUGCAGCCACAAUCAACUAAUGUGAACCCUCACCUUCACAUUGCUACAUACGAUGGUAUUAGUCAGCUGAAUGUAAUGCUUGAAAUUUAAGUGAGUCGGUGUUUUGUAAAUAUAUUCAUGUGUAUUUUUCUGAGAUGUAUUGAUUCUGUACUGAGUGGAGGGAAUAUUUCCAUUAUUGCAAUAUUAUCAUUAUUAGUGAUACAAUCUAAUAUACAAAUGUUGGACCAGAAUUAAAAUAUUGGAAAUGCUAAAGAGUAUGUAUUCCUGAUAUUAUUUAUUUGUACUUAAGUCUAUUACAUCACAUACAAAAUUCUUAAUGCUUAUAUAACAUAGGUAUCACAAACCAAGAGGUGGAUGUAUCCCUGAUGUGUUCAGAAAACUUGUGACAUCACACAAUGGCACAUAUAGAUUGCAGAAGUUAAUGCAUUACUAUUGUUCCUCCAUGUAGUUUGCAUGAGACAGUAGCAAAGGUAAGGAGCACUCAUUGGAUGCAACAGUAAUAAAAAAUGUACACCUU